UAAAAUUAACCUAACCUGCCACUUGUGGGAAGGAAAACGAAAAGGGGAAACAUUUGACUUGUCCAAAGAGUACUGCAGGGAGGGGGAAGCCAUGACCGGAAAAAAGCAAGUGGAAGAGAAGGUUGCCGGAAAGAAAAACUUGAAGCUGAAUCAAAGGAAGAUUGAGAAGAAGUGGAAGGAGAAGGUGAAAUUUUUUGGAGGAUUGGCAGCUGAGACGACGGCUGUGCAAGCAGAGCUGAUACGUGAAAUGGACGAAAAUCUGCCGCAACUCGGAUCCGACACGAACUCACAGAAUCUUCAAGCUCUGCAACUCACUGCUCACCAGCUCCGAAAGGUCAACAUGCUGGCCACACUGUUGAACGACGAGGUCAAAGAUUACGUCGAUGAUUUUCUCGACGAGAUUCAGAAGGCUGGUAAAGAUGAUUCCCAUUGAUCUGGGAUCGAAGAAGUGGAAUGGAAUAUUUCAACUGGUUCUUAAAAUGGGGGGGGGGGGCAUGUUCUAGUAUUCCCAGUUGUUUCUACUACUUAAAUCUGUCGGUGUGUGUGUCUCUGCUUUUCUAUAUGAAGCUUAAUUUAAUUUGUCAGGAUUGAAUAUGCAUAAACAACUUGUUUUCAUCG